AUGUUUAUUUGUAAGUAUGGGUUGCAGAUUUUUUCGGUGAGGUUAUCGGGUGGUGGUAGGUUGAAGGAUGUCUUAAGCAACAUUUGUAAUAGGUGGAAGAAUCUAUCGGUAGGGAGGUUUUCUGUUUCAUAUGCUUAUGAGAAUGGUUUUUGUGCUCUUCAGAAUGAAUCUGAUUUUGAGAACAUGCUUUUCUUGCUUAGUAAUUGUGAUCGCAUAAAUGCAAAGGUUGAUGAGAAUGAACAUAGUAGCCGGUUAAUUGUUGGUAGUACUAUUGAUGAAGUGGAUGAUGUUGAUGAAGUUGUUGAUGAUGAGGUAGAAUAUGUGGAUGGAAUGGACCCCACGGAAAAGUAUUGUAAACAUACGGAGACUAGGUCUUUGACUGAAGCUUGGGCUAAUUUGAUAGAGGGUGUUGGACAAGAGUUUCCCAAAGAUGUGAAGGAGUUCAGGGCUGUGCUGGCUAAAUAUGCGAUUGAGAAUGACUUCAUGUACCAUUUCAUGAAAAAUGAUUUACUUAGGGUUACGGCUGUUUGUGUUAUUACAGGGUGUGAAUGGAAGGUGCAUGCUAUUUUAAAUAGAACCAAUGGAGUAUUUCAUAUUAAAAAGUGUCAUAAUGAGCAUAAUUGUGGGUCAACAUACCGAACCAAUAAGCAUAAGCGCGUGUCAUCCCGUCUGGUUGCAAAUGAGAUAGCUGGGAUUGUUGAGAAAAAACCCAAGACUUCUCCAAUCGACAUGCAGGAUUGGUUUACGGACAAGUAUGGUCUUGAUUUGUGCUAUCAUAAUGCUUGGUUAGGUGUGGAGAAGGCAAGGGGGGAAUUGUAUGGAGAUUAUGAAGGUUCAUUCGAUAGGUUUCGGUGGUACGUUGAAGCUGCAAGGGCUACGAAUCCGGGGAGCGUAUUGAGGCUAGAAUCUGAUCCUGUAACCAAAGAGUUUUCACGGUUAUUUGUGUUGUUUGAUGCUUGUAUCAAGGGGUUCAAUUACUGUCGGCCUUUUCUGUGUCUUGAUGCCACCCAUUUGAAAGGUAGAUUCAAAGGAACACUCCUUGCUGCAACAGGGAAAGAUGCAAAUCAAUGUUUAUUCCCUAUAGCUUAUGCAAUUUGUGACGCUGAAAAUGAUGCUAAUUGGACUUGGUUUCUUGGCCUUUUGAGGAGUACAUUGUCCACUCGUCCUAUUACCUUUAUUACUGAUCGUAACGCAGGUCUUGUCAACAACAUUCCUGUUAUGUUCCCCGGUUGUCAUCAUGCAUACUGUCUUUAUCACAUACAGUUUAACUUGACGGAUCACUUUCCUGGUCGGUUUAGGAAAAGUUUUCGGAACAGGCUCGUAGAAUUGUUCAACAAAUGUGCAUAUGCUUCAUCGGUGUUGGUUUACAAAGCUGCGGAGGAAGAUUUUUACCAAUUUGGUGGGGAUAAAGCUAGGACCUUUAUUGCGAGUGUCCCUAAAAAGCAUUGGAGUAACGCGUAUUUUAAAGGUCAACGGUACGGCGAGAUGAGCUCUAGUGCUGUGGAGUCGUUUAACAAUUGGAUUCUUAAAGCUCGGAAAAUGCCUGUUUUUUAUUUAGUUGAUGAACUUCGUCGCAAAAUUAUGAAGCAAAUGGCAGCUAAGAGAGUAAAGUCGAUGAAAUGGAAUUCAGUUAUUUAUCCGAAUAUGGAUAAGAAGUUAGCUCGCCAACGAACACCAAAUCGAACCCUGCUUGAUACCAACACCUCCAAACAUCAUUACAACACCAAAAUUACGAUCCUGCACAUAUUUAAACGAUUAAAGAAAAUGGAAAAAUUUUACAGGUCUCUACAUGAAGAGAGACUGUUCCGUUUGAUCAUAGUCAAUAUCACCAUGCCCUAUUCUGCAGUUAGCUUGAUUAAAUGGGGCAAUUUUGAAGACGAUCUUUAA